AUGAAUAAACAGCGGCAAAACGUCUCAGACUCGGAGGAUCUUCUUGCCGUUAACCAACGCAAUACGCGAUCAAAGACCUCAACCGAUGGUGGAGAAUACUCAGUAACGAUACCGGUUGAUCUACUCAUCGAUAUAUCUUUGAGACUGCCGGGGAAAUCCAUAGCAAGAUGUCGCUGCGUGUCGAAGCUCUGGGCUUCAACUAUGCGCCUCCCCUAUUUCACGGAGCUGUUCUUGACCAGAUCUUUGGCUCGCCCGCGUCUACUGUUCUACUGCAUAAGAGACGGCCAUAUGCUCUUCUUUUCCUCACCUGAACCUCAGAAUUUUGAUGGGAAGUCGUCUCUUGUAACCGCCGAUUCUCAUAUGAAAAUUCCGUGUGCCUUUUUAUAUGAAAGAUUAGUUAGUUGUAUCAGCGGCUUGGUCUUUACCACAGAUGAGCGGAUUUUGAAUGGAAAGAAGCAUCAGGUGUCGGUGGUAUGUAACCCUAGCACCGGACAAUCCAUGACCUUACCGAAAGUGAAGUCGAGGAGGAAGGUUGGAGUGAGGAGCUAUUUCGGGUAUGACCCUAUUGACAAACAACACAAGGUAUUGGCCAUGACAUGCAAGGUUUAUGGAAUUCAAUGGAAGGUCUCUGAGGAGCAUCAGGUUCUGACGUUGGGAACAAGCGAGCCGUCAUGGAAAAGGAUCGAUUGUUGCGUGCCCCAUUCUCCUUAUCCCAAGUAUCAUCAUCAUAAAUGCAUCAACGGUGUUCUGUAUUAUCCGGCGGUUAAUACGUCUACUCAGAGUUUUAUAAUCGUUUGCUUUGAUGUUAAGUCGGAAAUGUUCAGAUUCGUGGAAGACAGAGACGACAGCGUUAGUCACUCCACUGCAGGACAUACGAGUCUGAUAGGCUAUAAUGGUAAGUUAGGUCGACUUCGGUUUCAAGGGUGGGAUUACAUGGAUAACAGAUCAAGUAUUAGGUUGCGGGUUCUAGAAGAUGCCGAAACGCAUGAAUGGUCGGACCAUGAAUAUGCAUUGCCCGCUUUGUGGCAGAAGAUAGUUGGAGUUAGAGACAUCAUCAAGUGUGUACGCUUUCUUGGAGUGACUCGGACAAAUGAAAUCGUCAUGUCGUCGUCUGGGUCUUCGUCCGUUCUCUACUACAAUAGAGAGACAAAAACAGUCAGAAGAGCUGAAAUGAAUGGAAUGGAGGAAGCUUACACCUUUCUAGACUGUUAUGUAGAGGAUGUGAAGCUUAUGUGA